AUGCGCGUGUGCUGCGCCGCGCAGCACGAAGAGGCUUAUCAUUUGAUUGUAUUGGCCCAACAAAAAAUCUUAAAGUAUUUUUUUCCAAAGCCUUUUACCAUUACGUCUUUUUCGAGUUCCGAAUCGAAUCGGUCGUCGCCUCGUCGUAAAGGAAUUGGAACCUCAAACGAUCAAAGUCGUGACUCCAAUUUAGUAAAAAGAAAAAGAAAAUACCGUGCCCUAGCUCUCUUCUUACUGAGCGACGAACGCACGCCUCACCAACGUACGCCACACCAUCGUCUGCCAUCUCCGGCCACACCUCCAGCCGGCGAGUCCACCUCUGGCCACACCAGACGGGGGAGACUCCACCUCCGUCUAUAUAUUCAGCCGGCGUUCCUUCUCAGGUGUAAAAUAUCAAUUAAGGGAGAGCUCGAGGCUCUUUUCUUAGAUAAGAUUAUCAAAGAUUUGGGACUUUGCAUAUCUGUUUAUGAUAUCCAGUCAAUUGAUGGUGGUUUUAUCUUUGCCAAUGAGGGUGCUCCAACCUACACAGUGAAAUUCAGGCUGAUAAUAUUUCAACCCUUUGUAGGAGAAAUUAUAUCUGCAAAACUUAAAGAAUCUAACGCUGAUGGUAUACGCUUAUCAGUUGGAUUUUUUGAUGAUAUAUACAUACCAGAGUUCCUACUGCCAAGUCCUAUCAGUGCUGAACCUGACUCAGAAAACAAGAACCAAGUUAAAUGGAUAUGGAAAUAUGAUGGUGCAGAAUAUCUUAUAGAUGGAUAUGAUGAGAUUAGGUUUCGAGUUCAUAAGGUUAAGUUUCCUGAAAUCCCAAAAGAGCAAAAAGAUUCAAAGCCAUUUGCACCUAUGGUGGUCAUUGGGUCGCUUGUGUGUGAAGCGGGUUUGGGGCCCGUUUCGUGGUGGGUCUAGUUCAAAUUUCGUCUUUUUUCAGAAUGAAUAUACCGGGCUUAAUUAGUACAGAAAUUGUCAAACUACUGUUG